AUGGGAUUUCACAUUGAUGCAAUCGAAGAUGACCAGCUUGCUGCCAUUUUGGCUGAAGAUGGAGGUUUUCCCAAUGACGAGAUCUUCAAUACUCUACUCACUCUCGCUCGCGAGGUCAAACAUGUUAUUGUCCAUGACCCGCAAGCCCAAUUGAAUGUAACAUAUGAUCAUUUCAUCACGGAUCUUAUUCAUGUGCGCCACAGCCUCAAAAAGCAAUUGUCUGCACAUCUUAAUGCCGAGGGAUCGAUGCUGGAAGAAGGCUCCCUUGUUUGCCUUAUAGCACCGGCAAGCUACGAGAUUGCAGUAGCUGCUUUCGCAAUUCUUGCGCUAGGUGGCACGAUCGUUCCUCUCUUAAUGUCUCUUCCUCCAGAGGGUGUUUCGGACAUGCUGCGAAAUAGCCCAGUCAAGUGUAUUUUAGCUGGUACAGGGUACCUCCAACAGGCCACAGAUAUACAGUCCUAUGCAGCUUCCAAUUCACUCCCUGCAAUACAGGUCGCCCCCAUUAAAGUGCAUCACGCCUGCCCCGAAGCACUAUGGGACCUACCCAUUCGGAUAGAUGAAAAGUUUAUCAUCCCCGAGACACGUUCAGGGAUUAUAAUGGCCUCUUCUGGCACAUCUGGAACCACCAAAGGAGUCAUACGCAGCCGUGGCUUCUUCUACAACCAUCCGCGCGCACCAGCAUAUGAAUCAAUGCUAGUCCACCGCCCGGCGACUUGGAUUGCAGGGAUCAAGCCCUUGACUUUUUCUAUUUUGAUGGGGUGCAGAGCAGAGAUCAUUGAUCCAGUCGCCGGCAUGGAUUUAUUGUGGGAAAGGCUGCGAGCUCGCCGUGUGACGAGCAUAUGUUCAGGUCCCUUACUGUGGACACAGCUUGCUCAGUAUUAUAGGGAACAUCUCUCACAUCUUCCAGAGAAGGAUGAAUAUAUCCAAGGAGCUAUGCACAUACGUGAUGCUUCAACGGGAUCAUGUGUUGUUCUGCAACCUUUGCUGAAGUUUUGGAGGGAUGAGAUUGGAAUGCGCUUGGCGCUUUGCUAUGGUAGCACCGAAGCAGGUGUGCCUAUCACCGCGGUUUAUCCAGAGGAAGAAGAGUAUAACGAGCAGCGAUGCAUUGGCAAGCAGCUAUUUGCCAAUAUGCCAGUCAAGCUUUCAAAUGGUGACCAUGGAGAGAUACUUGUGGGAGGUGUUACUACCUUCUUAGGGUACCUCAAUGAUGAGGUUCCCUCAACUACUUACUUCGACGACGAAGGAUUCUUCAAGACUGGAGACCUUGCUCACAAACUGAAUGAUCACUUCAUCUUCGACGGUCGAGCAUCCAUUAAGUGUGAGUUCACCCUGACAUUCAAUUGCCAUAUUUUCUUUUCUAAUGGGGGCAGUCAUCUGCAACUCUGGGGCACCGUCUCUGUUCUGAAGCUGGAAGAAGCACUUAAUGGGCUUUCCUGCAUAGAGGAGGCAUAUGUCGUUCCUGUGCAAGAUCAGAAACUCGCAGAACGAGCUGGUGCUCUUGUUCGAUUCGUCGACCAGGAUCUCACUCUGCAGCAGCUUCGGGUUAGGCUGGCCCCUCAUGUCCGUCCUGCGAUGCUUCCCACUGCAUUGCGAGUCUUGCGGAUUGAGGAUACAUUGCCCAGAACGCAUAGUGGUAAGAUUUCAAAGUGA